AUGACAGGGUUUGAGUUCGAGACCCACUCUGGAACUGGCCUUGGUCGCUUUUAUCGUCUUACUUCCACCGAUCCGUCCGGCGGCGUGUCUUCCGGCGGCGGCGGUGGACUGCAGGUGCCAGGCGGCGGCGUCGUGGUUCCGGCUGAUGAAGGUUUACCACCUGGGGCUGCCGGGGCGCUACAGCACCGCCGGGGUACCACCUCCCUCCGUGCCGCCAUCGCCAGGCGCCUAUCCCGGGUGUCAGCCCACGACUCCGCGUCUCUGCCAUCUGACCACUGCGACUGCACAAAGUUGAUCGACGAACUGAACGUUGGGGUUGCGCUGUUCCGUGACGUGCUGCUUAGCGUCAGCAGCGCCCAGGACGGGCCCGAGCUACGGCACCGGAUCCGGACGCUGCGACAACGCUGCGUCGAGGCUUGCCUCGCGGCGCACCACGGCCUCAUGCCCAACAUCCGCAGUGACGUUGCGGAAGGUAUUCCUGUGGAUUCCCAGCAGCUAGUAAACCUGGUAUGCUGCACACAGAUGCUGGUGCGGGAGCUGCACAAAUGCAAGGCGCUCGUGCAGGCCAACCAGGUCGACAUGACAGAUUUUUACGAGCAGAAUCCAGUAAGCUCCGGCAUGUCUGUGCUCGACAAGUUGGUCCUCUGGAGGCCCCCGCCCAGGGAUCACCACCUAGAAGAAAUACGAGGCAUAGAAAGGGAUUCUGACAGCGUGCAAACUGUGCUACGAGAGAUGCAAGAGUUUAUGCCCCUCGAAAGCAAUUGCAAGACAUUAAUAGAGGACAACGUCAUGAAAUGGAGGCGACGAAAUCGGAAAGGCUGUGGCCUGUACAGCCAACUGGGGGACCUGUGCUGCCUGUGUCGAUCACAACUCAGCUAGCAGGCGCUCCGAAAGAUACCACCAACUUUCGCCCAAACGAACUGUUUCUUGCCGAUCACGAGGUGUUCAACCGUUUUUUUUUUCGUUUCCGGGACUGACUCCUUCGACUGGACAUUUCGCUGGCUCACACUCCAGGCUAAACGUUCAAGCUCUGGGUUCUGCGCUUCAGUGAGGUCGUGCGAUUAUUGGUGUUUAAAACGUUGAUGGGAAUCGACUGUGAUUUGUUGCGAUUUGUGAUUUGCGAUUUGAAUUUGUUGAUUCUUGUGUGCAGCUUCGCGUAAGCAAGACGUGAGAAUGGGACAGGUAAAACGCAGGCAGAAUAAGCGCUGGCAAGCAGAUCGGAUUUCCUCGUCUCGUCUGGAAGGUCUGGCUGUUUCGUGUAACGAAGUCUUCAACGAAUUUUAAGGAUGUCACGUUGUCAUCAGGAAAGCGUGAUAUGAGCUACUCAUUCUUAAAAUAGUUAUUGCGACGAGCGCGUUUACUAAUAUUUGAAAUAAAGUAGGAAAAAGUAAUUAAUCAGGAACACCGUCACAAGAAAGUCGGUUACGAAAAAGUACCCGCGAAUCCGAUUAUAAUUACGGUUUCUCGAUUUUGGCAUUUUAUUUUUACGGUAAUUCACUAGGUCUUUAUCGUCAUCUACGAAUAUUUCGUGCAGAAAAGUCUAAUUUUUCCGGCGCUACUUUUUACAAAAGUAAGUUCCCAAAUUCGACUCGUUAUACUUACUACACUGGUCACCAGAUGGCAGUAGCAGGUAUACAGUACAACCACAAACAUACAAAAAAAUCACCUUGUUCAUUUACAUUGCGGAAAAACUUUCACCGGAAAGGCUUUCAUCGUCAUCAUCAUGCUGCCACCCGGCGUGAUAGCAGAUUCCUUACGGUUCACAACGCGCAGUCUCCAGAGUGCGUGUCCCUACACCUGAGACGACCUGUGCCCCUACGUCGCUGAUUACGUAACGCCGGCGCGCAAAGCAUGCUGGAGUGCAUUAUCAGCUUUAUCAACCUAUCAGCCGAGGCAUUCUUCCCGCUUCUUGCCCACCACUGCAAAAUAUAUCCUCGAACCGGUCUUCUCGUGACGUCACAUUCGCGACGCAAUUAGCAACUUGAAGGGACAUAUUCGGACUUUUUCGGAAAAUAUCGAAUUUGCGAAAAGACACUUGGCGGUUGUUUUUUCGGCGUACUUCAGCUAAUGCUGAAGACGAGCCACCCUAGUUACAAAGCAUCGUCGCUAGCGUAACGUACCCAAUUUUAAAUUAUCAGCGAGAUUCACUUUCAUAUAGGUAGAGAAAAAAAGAGAACGACAGUUAGACAAUACGUUCCAGAAGCAGGCACAAAUUUAUCUGACACUUUUCAUAAAAAUGAAGGUAAAAUGCGUUCCCAUUUUUUCGGAAACACAUCACGCAACGUACAGCUUUGACAAAACAAGAGACGAAAACGGAAACCGAUCGUACAUGUGCAAGGAAGAAAAAACGAGCUUGAGGGACAGAGAGAUAGGCAAAGAGGGAUUCUUCUUUCCGAAAAAAAAAAAGAAAGAAAGGAAGAAAAAUCUCUUGGAAUCCAGUAGUCUCUCCUCCUUUCCCUCGGAACAGACGCUUCCCCUUCUCUAAUUUCGAAAAGGUGGAACAGAAAGAGAGGGAAAAUACGGAGAACACGCCCUGCAGGAUUCCGCAAGCUAAAGGAAUGUAGUAGAACAACAACAAGAACUUUAUCGUUAGACAAUGAAUGGGGAGUUUUAUAGGAAUGUAGUACAGGAAAGAUAUGUAGCUGGAAAAGUAAUGGAAAGACCUCUUGUGAGCGAGGAAAUGAAAACAAAACCAUUAAGCAGCCAUAUCGAUCUGGUGAGUGGAUCAGUGAAUUGAACCGCUAGUGGGAACUUAACUGAUUUUUGAGUUUCAUUAAAGAUGUGAUUCUCUUUCGUAUUCCUCCGGGUUUUUUUUUUUUUUUUCGUUUUUUUUUCUUCCAAUUAUGAUACUUUUCUCUCGCUUAUUCUCAAUAGUUAUCCCUUGGAUAGCUAUUGCCGACAACACUUCAUUAUUUCUGCCUCACACACUGUCAGCGUUCUACCACCUUUCUUGCUAUUUAUGAGAAUGAAACAUGGCUUGUCGAUGAUGCAGCAUGCUUUAUCAGGUUAGCUUAUCUGGAGUUACGUAAAUAUGGAAAUAUUAAUCUGAAUACACAUAGUGCAAUAUUUUGGGAGGGUGUUUAGGGUACCCUGACUGGCUGCCGUAAGCUAGACGAAGCACUGUGUCUCCGUUGCGUCGGGAUUUUUUUUUUUUUUUUGUUAACUACAUCAUUUUGAUAUACAGAGAAAAUGUAUUUUAUCCAGGACCUGACUUGUGGCGUGAAAGUCGGGUGCCGAAUUUAAUAUAAUCGGAAAAAGAAAACAUCGCGCUAUUUUUCCUAUUAUGAUUCAUUUAAUGUAAGAGGAAGCAGUGAAAUACCCAUAUGUUGAUUCUACUAUUCUGGAUACAGGUUCCCUUCUACAACUUCUAGUGUGUGCAACUUUGGUGUUGGGAAGCUAACAUGCCGUUCAGGGGAGAAAUUGGGUUGAAUUCAGAUCAGUCAGUUGAAUCAGUCCAAAAUUGAUGUAGGAAUUGAUUCAGGGCGGAAUAAGGUUUUUCCCAAAAACAAAACGAGAAAACUUUUUUUUUUACAUAGCCCUGAUGCAUUGCCGAAGUCACCGGUGAACAGAGUAUACUGCAAUAUGUCUAUGUACGCAGGUGAGAAUAAUAAUAGCACUGGAAAUAAGGGGAGAGUUAGUAUAUACUGUUAGCAAAAUGUAUAUUGUCUGCAGGGGAACGAAUGUGCACUGAUAAGAGUAUGGAGCACUUAUUUUGGAGAUAAACCUUCUCAUAUAUCAUACCAUGUAAGCAUGUGUACAGGUUCUCACAUGACGUGUGAUUCAACGUUGUUACAAGUGGUACGUUAUCUCAAUCACUGCAUGACACUUCCGGUGCAUUAAUGUUUACUACGAAGUAUUGGAAGUAGUAAUUGGUCAUUUCCUGCUGUAUGAACGUCAAGACGUUCAUAAAUUACGAUAUUGGUUUGGUUUGAUGCAUAGAAACGAAUUUAGGUGUAUUUGAAAUGCCAUUCUUUUGUUGCACAUAGUUUACGUGACUUCUUGUACAGUGUUCAGCUUAGAACCUGUGUUCAGUGUACUUAGCAUAAACGCUUCGUGUGAUUUGUCUUCUAAUUGUUUUAUUUUUUAUUUUUUACAAAUAUUUCGCGUGAGUACCACAUUACAGUACACAUUGCGUAAGAUGCUAUUUAUCGCACUCUUGAUCGGAAGGAUUUGUACAUACGAAUGAAAGACCACGAAAAUUAGUUAUUUCGAUGCAGAAAGACACGAUUUUAAGAACGCAUAUUUCUCAAAUGCUUGCAGGUCUUUCACCCAACCGUGUCUGUGUAAUACCUACUAGCUAACUCAAUAUCAGCUUGGUUCACUUUGAUGAUAUAGCGUUCCCGAAUAACAUAAACCUACCAUACAUGGGGUAGCUAUUUCUAGCUCUGUGUGCACAUUUAACUGCUUAUACGAACAACGGUUCUAACGAACACGAAGCUCUAGCUAACACGAAGCUCCAUGCGAUGCAUGUGCGGUCAAGCACACGGAUGUGUUUGAAAAGAGCAUCCGCAUCUUCCUUAUCUCGCGUGCUCGAUAGUUGCACGUAGUGUCCACCGAUAACACGGAGACCAUCUGUCAUGACCACAUUCUGAUAUUCAGAUGAUUAACACGCAGCUCUAUAUUAUUCUACUACGAGUAUAUGAUAAAUAUAUAUAUAUAUAUAUAUAUACAUACAUGAUAUUUAUAUGGCUCCCUUACACAAAUAGUUCCUCCGCUGAAGGCAAGAUAGUACUGUUAUACUGGUGAAUAUAAAAAUACUUCUGCUCUUUUC